CCUUCCCCCGCCUCCAGGUAACCCGGAAGUUGUACUUGCGAGGCUGCUUUCCUUCUCCCACAAUCCCUCGCGGUCUUCCUUUCCAACCCCGGCCCUGCAGGAUGGCUCCCGCAAAGAAGGGCGGCGAGAAGAAGAAGGGCCGGUCCGCCAUCAACGAGGUGGUGACAAGAGAAUACACCAUCAACAUUCACAAGCGCAUCCAUGGAGUGGGUUUCAAGAAGCGUGCCCCUAGGGCACUCAAAGAAAUCCGGAAGUUUGCCAUGAAGGAGAUGGGAACCCCGGAUGUGCGCAUCGACACCAGGCUCAACAAAGCCGUCUGGGCCAAAGGGAUCAGGAAUGUCCCAUACCGGAUCCGUGUGCGGUUGUCCAGAAAACGUAAUGAAGAUGAAGACUCGCCAAACAAGCUCUAUACUUUGGUUACCUACGUGCCCGUCACCACUUUCAAAAAUCUACAGACAGUCAAUGUGGAUGAGAAUUAAUUGCUGAUGGUCGAAUAAAGUCAUUGAACUGCC